AUGUCUCUGAAUGAGAAUGAGGUUUUUGCCUAUGAAUCUACUGUGCAUAGCACUAGUGUCUUGCUCAGCCUCAAUGACCAGCGAAAGAAGGAUGUCCUGUGUGAUGUCACUAUCAUUGUGGAGGGCCAGCAGUUCCGCGCCCACCGGGCUGUGCUGGCGGCAUGCAGCAGUUACUUCCACACAAGAAUCGUAGGCCAGGUGGAUGCCGAACUUACCAUUACUCUUCCAGAAGAGGUGACCAUUAAAGGAUUUGACCCUUUAAUUCAAUUUGCCUACACUGCAAAGCUAAUUUUAAGUAAGGCCAAUGUGGAUGAAGUAUGCAAGUGUGUGGAAUUUCUAGGUGUACAUAAUAUUGAGGAAUCCUGCUUUCAGUUUUUCAAAUUUAAGUGUUCAGACUCCACUGCAGACCAGCAAGAAUGCCCAAGAAAAAAAUGUUUUACAUCACAUUGUCAGAAAACAGACCUUAAAUUUUCGCUUUUGGACCAGAAGGAUCUAGAGAGUGAGGUGGAAGAAUUUCUAGAAAAUGAGAAUGUUCAGACUCCUCAGUGUAAACUCAGCAGGUAUCCUGGAAAUGCAAAGGCAUCACCUCCUUUACAGGAUAGUGCCAGUCAAACAUGUGUGUCCAUGUGCUUAGCAAAGGAUGCCGCACUCACCUUGCCAUCUUUAUGCCCUAAAUACAGAAAAUUUCAAAAAGCAUUUGGAACAGACAGAGUCCAUAGUGUGGAUUCCAGUGUCAAAGACACUCAGGCUGCUUCUGCUCAUCCAAAUGAUACACCUGAAAACAGCUGUCUGGGAGGAGUCCGGGAUUCUGAAAAUGUACAGGUGAUUUUAAAAUGUGAAGAAAAUAAAAUGCCAGUAGAAAGUGAAGAAACCAAGAAGAGAAACCCUGCCUCUGAGAGCCUAGCAGUCAAAGCAGAAGUGACCCCUUUUCCUCACAGUUCUUCCACAGAGCCCCAUGGGCUCUACUCUCUGUCUCUUUUACACACCUAUGACCAGUAUGGUGACUUGAACUUUUCCAGUAUGCAGAACGCAACAGUGUUAACAGAAAAGCCUUUGUCAGGUACAGAUAUCCAAGCAGAGAAAACGUUUGGUGGAAGUCAAGAUUUGCAGUUGAAAUCAGAUUCUGGUCCCAGGGAAGAGAGUAGCCUUGUAAGUAGUGGUCGGAGUAGUGUGGAACGAGAGGUGGCAGAACACCUCGCAAAAGGCUUUUGGAGUGACGUUUGCAACACAGACUCUCCUUGCCAGAUGCAGUUAUCACCUACUGUGGCCAAAGAUGUUACAGAACAGAUCUACUCACAGAAGAGAUUUGAGUGUCCCUGGCUAGGCAUCAGAAUCAGUGAGAGCCCAGAACCAGGUCAGAGGACUUUCACAACAUUAAGGUCGGUCAACUGUCCUUUUAUAAAUACUUUAAGUACUGAAGGAUGUUCGAGCAAUUUGGAAAUCGGAAACGAUGAUUAUGUUCCAGAACCACAGCAGGAACCUUGCCCAUAUGCCUGUGUGAUUAGCUUGGGAGACGACUCUGAAACCGAUACAGAGGGAGACAGUGAAUCUUUUUCAGCCAGAGAACAGGAAUGUGAGGUAAAACUGCCUUUUAAUGAACAACGGAUAAUUUCACUCUCUCGGAAUGAUUUUCAGUCAUUGUUGAAAAUGCACAAGUUGACACCAGAGCAGUUGGAUUGUAUACACGAUAUUCGAAGAAGAAGCAAAAACAGAAUUGCUGCGCAGCGCUGUCGCAAGAGGAAACUUGACUGUAUACAGAAUCUUGAAUCAGAAAUAGAGAAGCUGCAAAAUGAAAAGGAGAGCCUGUUGAAGGAAAGAGAUCACAUCUUGUCAACUCUGGGUGAGACAAAACAGAACCUAACUGGACUGUGCCAACAAGUCUGUAAAGAGGCAGCUCUAAGUCAAGAACAAAUUCAGAUCCUCGCCAAGUAUUCAGCCUCAGAUUGCCCUCUUUCAUUUUUAAUUUCUGAUAAAGGAAAAAGUACUUCUGAUGGUGAAAUGACAUUGCCAUCAGUUUUUAGCUUAUCUGAGGGGCUUCCAGCUGUGCCGCCCACAGUUGAGCAAAGCAUUUGCUACCCCAGCUCCAGAGAAAACAAGGAGUCGGGCUGUGAGAGGGGGCUGGAGUCACGCCGGAUGACCACACCUGCCUCUGGGCAUGCUGGGCUGGUAGAACAGUGUCGUCAGAGUGGGGGCAUCUCAGAUUUCUGUCAGCAGAUGACUGAUAAGUGUACUACUGAUGAGUAA